CGCUUCCGGGGAAAUGUACGGGCUGUUGUACGCAUUUCUUGUGGGACUGUGAAGGCUGAGGACCUACCGGCUGGCUGGCCCUUGUUUCGCGGAAUUAGGCAGCCGUGGCUGCCUGUUAGGGGAAGUGUAUCGGGUUCACCGUUCCUCCUACGGACCUUUCCUUGCCACUGGAGCGGAGUAAGAGUGCUGCCAUGGCGGCCCCUGCUCAGCCCAAGAAAAUCGUGGCUCCUACUGUGUCCCAGAUCAACGCGGAGUUCGUAACCCAGUUAGCAUGUAAAUACUGGGCUCCGCAUAUCAAGAAAAAAUCACCUUUUGAUAUAAAGGUCAUUGAAGAUAUAUAUGAAAAAGAGAUUGUCAAAUCGAGGUUUGCCAUCAGAAAGAUAAUGCUCUUGGAAUUUAGCCAGUAUCUUGAAAAUUACCUCUGGAUGAAUUAUUCUCCAGAGGUGUCCAGCAAGGCCUAUUUAAUGUCAAUCUGCUGUAUGGUGAAUGAGAAAUUCAGAGAAAAUGUCCCUGCAUGGGAGACUUUUAAGAAGAAGCCAGAUCACUUCCCAUUUUUUUUUAAGUGUAUCUUGAAAGCAGCAUUAGCUGAAACUGAUGGUGAAUUUUCACUCCAUGAACAGACGGUCUUACUGCUUUUUCUUGAUCAUUGCUUCAAUAGUUUGGAAGUAGACUUGAUACGGAGUCAAGUACAGCAGCUUAUCUCCCUCCCAAUGUGGAUGGGCUUACAGCCGGCACGAUUGGAAUUAGAAUUAAAAAAGACCCCUAAGCUAAGAAAAUUUUGGAACUUGAUUAAAAAGAAUGAUGAAAAGAUGGAUCCAGAAGCAAGAGAACAAGCCUACCAAGAAAGAAGAUUCCUUUCACAACUCAUCCAGAAGUUUAUCUCUGUGUUGAAAUCAGUGCCACCUUCUGAACCUGUCACUAUGGACAAAGUUCAUUACUGUGAAAGAUUCAUUGAACUUAUGAUUGAUCUGGAGGCCCUCCUCCCCACAAGGCGCUGGUUUAAUACCAUUCUGGAUGACUCCCACCUUUUGGUUCACUGUUACCUUUCCAAUCUUGUUCAUAGAGAAGAGGAUGGCCAUCUUUUUUCCCAGCUUUUGGACAUGCUUAAGUUCUAUACUGGUUUUGAGAUUAACGACCAGACUGGGAACGCUCUGACAGAGAAUGAGAUGACUACAAUUCACUAUGACAGAAUCACUUCUCUCCAGAGAGCUGCCUUUGCACAUUUCCCUGAACUCUAUGAUUUUGCACUCUCAAAUGUGGCAGAAGUAGAUACUCGGGAAUCUUUGGUCAAGUUUUUUGGACCACUUAGUUCAAAUACACUCCACCAGGUGGCAUCAUACCUCUGCUUGUUACCAACUCUUCCUAAAAAUGAAGACACAACUUUUGAUAAAGAAUUUCUUCUAGAAUUGCUGGUGUCUCGUCAUGAACGUCGAAUUUCUCAGAUUCAGCAGUUGAACCAGAUGCCUUUGUAUCCAACUGAGAAAAUCAUUUGGGAUGAAAAUAUUGUCCCAACUGAAUACUAUUCUGGGGAAGGUUGUCUUGCUCUUCCCAAGUUGAAUUUGCAAUUUUUGACUCUCCAUGAUUACCUUCUAAGGAACUUUAAUCUCUUCCGCUUAGAAUCAACUUAUGAAAUUAGGCAGGACAUCGAGGAUAGUGUCAGCAGAAUGAAGCCAUGGCAGUCUGAGUAUGGUGGUGUAGUGUUUGGUGGCUGGGCACGAAUGGCCCAGCCUAUUGUCGCUUUCACUGUGGUUGAGGUUGCCAAGCCCAACAUAGGUGAAAACUGGCCAACCCGAGUUCGUGCGGAUGUUACCAUCAAUCUGAAUGUCAGAGAUCAUAUCAAAGAUGAAUGGGAAGGUCUUCGUAAGCAUGAUGUCUGUUUUUUAAUUACCGUGCGUCCCACAAAACCGUAUGGUACCAAGUUUGACCGGAGGAGACCUUUUAUUGAGCAGAUUGGCCUGGUUUAUGUCAGAGGCUGUGAAAUCCAGGGCAUGCUAGAUGAUAAAGGGCGUGUCAUUGAAGACGGACCUGAGCCAAGACCCAAUCUUAGAGGAGAGUCAAGGACAUUUAGAGUGUUUUUGGAUCCAAACCAGUAUCAACAAGAUAUGACCAAUACUAUACAAAAUGGAGCAGAAGAUGUGUACGAAACUUUCAAUAUCAUAAUGAGGAGAAAGCCAAAGGAAAAUAACUUUAAGGCUGUGCUGGAGACCAUUCGGAACCUGAUGAAUACUGAUUGCGUGGUACCUGACUGGCUGCAUGACAUCAUUUUAGGUUAUGGGGAUCCAAGUAGUGCACAUUAUUCAAAAAUGCCCAAUCAGAUUGCCACUCUUGAUUUCAAUGAUACGUUUCUUUCCAUUGACCAUUUAAAAAGCAGCUUUCCUGGUCAUAAUGUCAAAGUAACUGUGGAUGACCCAGCUCUGCAGAUCCCGCCUUUCAGGAUAACCUUUCCAGUAAGGAGUGGAAAAGGAAAGAAAAGGAAAGAUACAGAUGGUGAAGAUGAAGACUCCGAAGAGGCAAAAACCUUAAUUGUUGAACCUCAUGUCAUUCCCAAUAGGGGCCCUUAUCCUUAUAACCAACCCAAACGUAAUACAAUUCAGUUCACUCACACACAGAUAGAGGCCAUCCGUGCUGGAAUGCAGCCUGGGCUAACUAUGGUUGUAGGUCCACCAGGUACUGGAAAAACAGAUGUGGCAGUCCAGAUCAUAUCCAACAUCUACCAUAAUUUCCCAGAGCAGAGGACUUUGAUUGUUACUCAUUCUAAUCAGGCCUUGAACCAGUUGUUUGAGAAGAUCAUGGCUCUAGACAUUGAUGAGCGCCACCUGCUGCGUCUUGGUCAUGGAGAAGAAGAGCUGGAGACAGAGAAGGAUUUCAGCAGGUAUGGAAGAGUUAAUUAUGUCCUGGCUCGAAGAAUAGAACUUUUAGAAGAAGUCAAACGCUUGCAAAAGAGUCUAGGGGUUCCAGGAGAUGCUUCAUAUACUUGUGAAACUGCAGGCUAUUUCUUCUUAUAUCAGGUCAUGUCUCGUUGGGAAGAAUAUAUCAGCAAAGUGAAAAAUAAAGGUAAUACACUGCCAGAUGUCACGGAAGUCUCCACUUUCUUCCCUUUUCAUGAAUACUUUGCAAAUGCCCCUCAACCCAUUUUUAAAGGCCGAUCUUAUGAAGAAGACAUGGAAAUUGCUGAAGGAUGUUUCAGGCACAUUAAGAAAAUCUUUACUCAGCUUGAGGAAUUCAGAGCUUCCGAACUGCUUCGAAGUGGACUGGACAGAUCUAAAUACCUUUUGGUGAAAGAAGCCAAAAUCAUUGCUAUGACCUGUACUCAUGCUGCCUUAAAACGACAUGAUUUAGUCAAGCUAGGUUUCAAGUAUGACAACAUUUUAAUGGAAGAGGCUGCACAGAUUCUGGAGAUAGAAACUUUUAUACCUCUUCUUCUACAGAAUCCUCAAGAUGGUUUUAGCCGACUGAAACGCUGGAUUAUGAUUGGUGAUCAUCACCAGUUACCUCCAGUCAUUAAGAAUAUGGCCUUUCAGAAGUAUUCAAAUAUGGAGCAGUCUCUGUUCACUCGCUUUGUCCGUGUUGGAGUUCCUACUGUGGACCUUGAUGCUCAAGGGCGAGCCAGAGCAAGCUUGUGUAACCUCUACAACUGGCGAUACAAGAAUCUGGGAAACUUACCCCACGUACAGCUCUUGCCGGAGUUUAGUACAGCAAAUGCCGGCUUGCUUUAUGACUUCCAGCUCAUCAAUGUGGAAGAUUUUCAAGGAGUGGGAGAGUCUGAACCUAAUCCUUAUUUUUAUCAGAAUCUUGGAGAAGCAGAAUAUGUAGUGGCACUUUUUAUGUACAUGUGUUUACUUGGUUACCCUGCUGACAAGAUCAGUAUUCUAACAACAUAUAAUGGGCAAAAGCAUCUUAUUCGUGACAUCAUCAAUAGACGAUGUGGAAGCAAUCCAUUGAUUGGAAGACCAAAUAAGGUGACGACUGUUGACAGAUUUCAAGGUCAACAGAAUGAUUAUAUUCUUCUUUCUCUAGUACGAACCAGGGCAGUGGGCCAUCUGAGGGAUGUCCGUCGCUUGGUGGUGGCCAUGUCUAGAGCCAGACUUGGACUGUAUAUCUUCGCAAGAGUAUCCCUCUUCCAAAACUGUUUUGAGCUAACGCCAGCUUUUAGCCAGCUCACCGCCCGUCCACUUCAUUUGCAUAUAAUUCCAACAGAACCUUUCCCAACCAGUAGAAAGAAUGGAGAGAGGCCAUCUCAUGAAGUACAGAUAAUAAAGAAUAUGCCCCAGAUGGCAAACUUUGUAUAUAACAUGUACAUGCAUUUGAUACAGACCACACAUCAUUAUCAUCAGACUUUAUUACAGCUACCACCUGCUAUGGUUGAAGAAGCUGAGGAAGUUCAAAGUCAGGAAACAGAACUAGAAAUAGAAGAAGAGGCCAAUCCUCCCCAGGCUGAUCUGUCCAGUCUCACAGAUGCCAGCUCCAGUCAAGAAUCCUCAGCCUCUCAGACUGGGACCACCCCCGAUCACACAGGAGCUAGUUCCAAUCCAGAAGCUGUCCCUCCUGUGUCUGAUACCACUGUUUCUAUGGCAGGACCUGCAGCUGUACCAGCAGAGGCUAACGCCCCCCAGCAUGUCACACCUGCCUCAGAAGAGACCAAGUAGCCCAACUGUAGCCUUUCUUAGGGAGGACAUUUCAUUCAUAAAGUCUAACUAAAGCUGCUUUUUGUAUUUUAUAUUUGCUUCUGCUAUUUUAAGGGUACUAAUUAAUGUUAAGUCCUUAUUUUUGUUAAUUGAUCUCCGUGCUUGUCUUCUUGGAUAUGUUUAAAAGAAAAUUGUAUGUGUGUAUGAGCAACUUCAGUUUCAUUUCUUCAGUCAGAAGGGCAAAUAGCCAUUCCUUUGAUGUUUUUAUGAUUAACCAAAUAUAUCUUAUUCAUACCUACAUUAAAGAAUUUGCUAUAGAAUAUAUAAGACAUACUUUACAUUUUCAGUGAACUUCUCUAAAGAAGGGGAUCAAAUACACUGAAAUCAACCAUAAGCACCCUUAAGAAAGUGUUCAAAUUGGGGAGGAAGUUGUUUCUUCUGUUAUAGUAUCAGAUACUCAAAUUGUGAUUCCUUUUUUCUUACCUUUCUUGGCUGUCUUCUUGAUGUAAAGGCAUUAACAGCCAUAGAUAGGUCUAGAUUUCUCUGAUCAAAGAGGCUACAUGUAUUUCCUGCCCCAAAGUCUCAUAAUGUAUUGGAACCACCUAGAGUGUCUGUUCAUUCUUGGGGCCACUCUUGACCUGAUAAAUCUGAAUCUCAGGGUUAGGACUGGGUAUUUGUAUUUUAGCAAGUGUUCCUAAUGUUUGAGUUGCUGGCAGAGUGGCAUCAAAUCAAGCUGGUAAGGCUGAGCCAGGGUAUGUCAUUCAGCUGAGCAAGAAUAUCUGGCAAAUCCGUCUGGGCAGGAAGAAAGAUCCAGAGUCUGGGCAGUGAAAGUCAGUGAACCCAAUUCCCCUAUAUAGGAUAGAAUUCUCACAAUGCAGAGGUUCUGAAUCUUCUGCCCUGUUUAGUUUUCUUGGUAGAUAACCAGCCACAAGGAGACCUUAAGGUAAAAUGUGCUCUAGAUUUGGGAGGGCAGAGUAGGACCUUGCUACUCAAGUGUGAUUUGCAAACUAGAAGUAUCAGCAUCCACUGAACCUUGUUAAAAUUGCAGCAGUGUGGACUCUACCCCAGAUCUAUUAAAUGUGAAUCAGCAUUUCAGCAAAGUGUCCAGGGGAUUUAUAUGCGCUUUGUAGUUUGAGAAGCAUUGUUCUGAGGUUACUAUACUGUCCUCAAUGUGAAUGAAAGGUAGAGUAGAUUCUGUGAUGGUAAAAUUAAUAGUGUGACUGAUGUUUUCUGACAUGGGACCUCUGCUUAUGAAGUUUCCUGGGCGUGGUGGCCAGAAGAGAGAUGAAUAAGGUAGGGAGAACUUGCCUACUACUUCUCUUCCCCAUUUAGAUGUCUGCUAGAGUGGCUAAUGGGGAGCAUUUCCCCCAAAGUAUCCCCUCUGGUGCAUCUACCUAAAGGUUUGACCAUGUACAAAGAACCUUUGAGGAAAUAGGCAAGAACCUCACACUGCCACUGAAAUGCUUCUAAUCCUGACAUAUUGAAGGAAUGAACUCUUAUAAAGAAAUUAAACCAAGAAAGUCAUGUUAAUGAUUUUUUGACUGACUAGUGUUUGCUCAACUCUCCCAGGCUGUGGUGGAGAUGAGUCAGACUCUCCUACUACACGGUGUCUUCCUUCAUCAGAACACAAGAAAAGGAAAGGGAAGGGAUGAUGAGGGGAAGGAAACGCCAAGGAAACUAUACUGGAAAAUCUUUGUCUAUUUGUUAUCAGAGUAAGGAAUGAGCCAGAUAGUCUGUUACAUAAUUUCUCUGAUUAUAGGAAUUUGGAAGCAGGUGUUGUGGUCAUCUGUAUGAGGAAUAGGACUCACAGAAUUACUUUCAUCUGUGAAUAUCUAGUAUCAGGCUAAGCAAGAGAGAAAGAAGCUUUACUGUAUUACUGUGUUUAAUGGAAAAGAUUGAUGUUUCUGUCUACCUGUUAGAGGAUAUGAAUCAUGAUACCUGCAACCAGAAUAAGCAAACUGUUGGGCUGCUUUCUCAUGAAGUAAACCAUUUUGCAAACACUAUA